GGUGUUUGUGCUGAAAUCAAAACAUUUGAGGACUUAUUGGAAAUGACAGAGCAUGAUCUUAAAGAUAUAUUACAUAAGUACCAUGGUCGAGAUGAAGACAUCAGACGACUUCUUAUUGCUAUUAGGAAUCUUAAAAAAUUUACAGGUACGAUAAGCAAAAAGCAAAUCCGAGGUGAACCAUCGAAUGCAUGUGAUCUGGAUCUUCACUGGGAAUCAUGGGAUAGAACAGAUAGAACCACUCGAUCGUCAGUACCAUCAGAAGAAUUGUUGAAGUGCACUCCUGUAAAACCACAGAGUCCUCCUGCAGUGGGAGUAAAGCAUGCUAACCAAGCCAGCACCCCUUCACUCUUUCACAAUUACUCUUCCUCGGCUCUUCUUCAGACACCGCUUUCCAGUAAUAAUUUACAGUCCUUAACAGCACCAGUAAUCAAAGAACGUCGAUACACGCCUCCACCAACGCCCCCAAUUCUUGGAAAGAAAGGAGAUAAAAAAUUUCCAACCACACCACCUCCAACCAAGAAGCACCAGACAAACCUCUUGCCUGAAGCUUUUCCACUUACCAAGAGUAAAUCACAUGAAGAACAUUUAGCAAACAGGAUAGAGCCUUUGGACUCGGCAGUUCUCAGGUGAGAACCUGGGAAUAAUACAAAAUGAUUGCUACACUUGCAUAUUCUUUUUUGUACACAUCAGUACUGUGGUUCAGUUUUUAUAUUCUUUUGAUUGUUUUCUCAGUUUUGUAAUUAACUCAUUCAAAGUAACAUUUAUAUAGUGACAGCUUUUUCUUAUCUUUAAAUCAUUUUUUAAUCACUAAUUAUAUUUGGUAGUUGUGGAUAACAUGGAACCUUUUUUUCACUAGCUUAAUGAAUUGGAAUUUGUCACUUCAUUAAUAUUAAUCAUUAAUACUUAAAUGGAAUCACUUGAAGGUUUUAAGUCACACUUUCAAAUAUAAGACAAACUCUAAGGAGUAAUAAUUCAACAAGCCAAAUUUUCAACCAUGGUUUUAUCAAUAACACUGACUGAAAGUCAAGUACCUUGAAUCUGAGUAGUUUGUGUAAUGUUCAGUAACUGAUGGGAAAAGAAAAUUCUUUCUAAUAGUGCUGCUUAAAGUAACAGUUAUUGAUUAAAUUCAGGCAAGCUAUUUCAUUAACUAAAAAUUUGCCCUGGCUGUUAAAUGUGAAACUAUUGAUAUUGGAUAUCCACUGCAAAUUGUUCUGUUUUAUCUUCAUUUUUUCAACUCUGUUUUGCUCUACUUCUUAUUGAGAUUAUGAUAGGAGGCUUUUGUCCAUCUGUAGAACCAAGUUUAACUGAUUUGCAUCUGGAAGGAGUGUAUUGUGCAUGUCAGUUAUGUUAAACUCACCUUUUUUUGCUGAGACUUGGGAUCUGUGAUUGGCUGUUGUCAAGAUGCCUUUUUUUUUGCAGUUACUUGCAGCUUUAUUCUUUUUGAUUGGCUGCUGCCGUCCUACUAGUUCCCUGAUUGGUUUGUCCCUUGAUCUUCUGCCUUAUAAUGCAGUAUUGGUGAAGAUACAGUUUUCAUAGAUUGAAAAUCCUUUACAUCCUCUGAGAAUAAAGGUUACUGCCCAAAGAAAACAGUUGGCCUGACCAUCUUUACUACCACCAGUUGAAUUUAUCAAUCAAUCUAUAAUAAGCAUUUUCCUGGGCACAAAUUUUAUUGAUCAAUCUGUUACAAGCAUUGUUCCUGGGCACAAAUUUUAUUGAUCAAUCUGUUACAAGCAUUGUUCCUGGGCACUAAUGUUAUCAAUUAAUCUGUCACUUACAUUGUUCCUGGGCACUAAUGUUAUCGAUCAAUCUGUCACUUACAUUGUUCCUGGGCACUAAUGUUAUCGAUCAAUCUGUCAUUUACAUUGUUCCUGGGCAAUAAUGUUAUUGAUCAAUCUGUCAAAUACAUUGUUCCAGAACACUAAUGUUAUUGAUCAAUCUGUCACAUUGUUCCUGGGCACUGACAUUAGUGAUCAAUUUGUCACUUACAUUGUUCCUGGGUGCUAAUGUUAUCAAUCAAUCUGUCACUUACAUUGUUCCCGGGCGCUGACAUUAUUGAUCAAUUUGUCACUUACGUUGUUCCUGGGCACUAAUGUUAUCGAUCAGUCUGUCAGUUACAUUGUUCUUGGGCAAUAACGUUAUCGAUCAAUCAGUCACUUACAUUAUUCCUGGUGUUAGUGUUAUAAAUCACUCUUUCACCUGCUUUUGUUCUUGGCACAAACGUUAUUGAUCAAUCUGUCAUUUACAUUGUUCCUUGGAUGUUAACAAUAUGUACUAACUGGUUAUGAUCUUUAUUCUGUAUUGAACAUAAAACUAUUAGCUGAUAUGUUCCCUAGAGGGAACAAGUGCAAAAAUAAAUAUACUGGAACAUGGACACUAAAUCUAAGAUUCUGUUUGACCCUGGAGUCGUUCACCAUUUCUGUUUGGUGUACAGAUAUUAAAUUUUAACUUUUUUUCUUCAUGAAUUACCCUAAAUAAGUGUCAGAAAAGGACAAAAUCUCAAUUUUAAAAUAGUUUUGAUUUAAAAUUAUUUAAAUAUUUAGAAUUGACAUGUAAAAUUGCCUUAAAAAUUUGUGGCUAGAGGAAAUCCUGUCUUCAGGUACAAUGAUUUAUGAGUAAGUUAUUUUGUUCAUCCUAAACUGUUGUAUGUAAAAAAUGCAUCAUACAGGAAAAGUAGUUCAAAACCUGUAACAACCUGAAAAUAAUAUGAUUAAUAGAGUUGUGGGGAUUCUUUUCUACAUAUUUCCACAAGACUGUUAUAUUAAAAGGACUGAAUUUUUAUUGAUAGUAUAUUAUUUUAUAAUGUUUUCAAACCACAAAUUUUUAAAUAAAGUUAACAAACUUUGUUAUCCCAAAUACAUCAACAAUGUUAACCCAAUUACUCCUGGCUACUCUAUUAGAGAGAAGGUAACGUUGCUGUGGUCAUAUUUAAUUUCAAAAAUAUAACUAGUGGAUGAAACUAUUUAAAAUUUGACAAAAACGUUCCUAAAAGU